AUGGCAGUUCCCGUCUUUUCCGUCACAAUAGACGACACUUCUCCGACCAUUGCUUAUGCGCCGUUCGGUGACUCUUUCGGAAAACCAAUCUUGCUCCAGGGCUGGAAUCCUUACUUCACAAAGUCGGGCUUCGCUACGGAUGCUGGCUCAUCAUCUUCGGAUUCGGGUGUCAGCAACAUUGGGGACGGCACCAGCUUGCAUCUGACCGCCCACGAUGGUGCUGAACUCGCAAUAAGCUGGAACGGCACCGCCGUGACCCUUUACGGUACGAUCACUGCCAAUUCCUCAAGCUCCGUGAGUUACUCUGUCUCGCUGGAUGGCAACUCCACCACGAACUACUAUUCUUCCAUCUCUUCCAAUGCGACCGUGGAUACGGCAUCGGCUGAUAUUCUCGCUGCGUUUUCGAAUUUGUCCGAUGGCCUCCAUGAGGUCGUCCUGACUGUACAUAAUCCCGGUAUGUCAAAUAGUACCGAUGAAACCGAUUUGGAUGCAGUCGUCGCGUUCGACCGUGCUGAUGUUUUCCUAGAUGAGCUCGAGAGCGAGCCCACUGCCACAUCCUCAUCAUCUCUCGUAGCGCCUACGGCCACGGAAUCCGUCACAACCUUCGUCCUACCCGACAACUCGAUCGCCUUCCGUGGACAGUGGUCCUACGUGUCUGGACUUCUGCCAAAUUCCCCCGAUGAAGCCUUCCAUACCAGCAUGAACGUCGGGGAUAGCGCGAACAUUGUGUUCAACGGUAAGUUUAGGUUGGUGUCCCCUGUGAAGCGUCGAAAAAGCGCUGCAAGUUGGCUGUAUCUCGUUUCCACUCAAACGCCGCGCGUUUCUUGGCACCGUACGGCGGUCACGAUCACAGGUCUGACGACACCGUCGUCUGGCACGUACAACAUAAGUCUUGACGGCCAGCAAGUGGGGAACCUGUCAGCACGCGCAUCCUUCACAACUCCAUCGCCUACCGUGUUCUUUUACGCUGCUGGGCUCGACCCUGGUGUGAUGCAUGAUCUCAUGAUUGUGAACGCAGGCGCGUCGGGGAACGGCAGUGGGUCCUACCUCAUCUUAUUGGCGGGAGGUGUAAAUGUGACGAUGGUGGGAAACGUUUCUGUGUCUACAACAGGCUUUGCCUCGAGCUCCUCCCGCCUUGCCGCCGGGACAAUCGCUGCAAUUGCAGUUGGAGUGACUCUGGGAUUUGUCCUUAUGGUGCUUCUCCUCGUCCUCGCGAUCUAUUGGCACCGACGACGUUGUCGAAAUCGUGAUCUAGACCAUGCCCUUCCAUCGCAAUCGCGGUCGACAUUCUGGAGACGCAAGUUCCGUCUCUGUACAAGACAGCUUGCGCAGUCACAUGAUCAUGAAGUGGUCGCGAAGUGGGCCGAGGAGUACGUGGGCGGGACGGCAGAACAGGGUGUCAUUCAGAUCGGGAGGCAUAUUGAUGAAAAAGUGGAAGAUAAUUCUGACGACGAAGGAGGUCCUAGCGGUCGUUAUGGUGAGUUGAGGGUGCGGACAAGACAUACAUCACAAAAUUCCGACGGCAGCUUCUCAAUAGAGCUCCCGAUGCUGUCUUCGACACCUCUAGAGUAUCCUCCAGCCUCGUUCCCAUCUACUCCUCAUCCGAUUUCAUUACAUUCCCAUGUUUCGGCUCUGCCUCGCACUUCAAAUCUAACGUCUCCGCCGAGCUCUCGACCUCGUGGACCACGCGACAUGCACGGCCCCGAUAGUGCUCGGGGAAUCUUGCUUUCCGACGCCGCUUCACCCACCUUUGAAGGGAACGUGCCUAGUCUACGGGUGGAAUUUGCUCACCAGCAAGAGGUGCCGGGACGUCGAACAGAGCGUCACCUGAGUACUGGAGGGAUGUCAUUCACACAGUCUAUCCGGCAGGCUCUUAGUCGCAGCAUUGACAGCGGAGACGACGACGGCGUCUCAAGGCCGUCUACCCUACUCUCCUUUUUGGAGUUCUCUUCGUCUGAGUCAGGAUCACAGUCUGGCAGUGGCAACCGCUCGAACCGCUUGUCCUCCUCGGACUCUCGGUCGAAUUCAAAACGAUCGACCCGCAGCUCGCUGAAGUCACGGAGCAACGCAGGCAGCGAGCGCAGUACAAAUAGCGCAGUUCCACCCGAGAGACGGAUGUCGCUAGGCCUCUCUAUGACCGUUGCUGGGGGACCCACCUCGAGCCGGCCGUCGCUCACGCCCGAUGUCUCCCUCAAGGCAGUGUCUAUACCCCCACCCAUCACCAUCCCGCCUGACACUCACGCACGAGAUCCUAACAUGCUGUCCGCUGACGCUGCCGGUAUGCUCCCCUCACCGACUGACUCCCUCCCCAUGACCGUGUCCGAUAUUCACUUCAGGCACUCAUUGCCCUCGACCACCUCUCACGGGAGCGAAUCCCGUCGGACCAGUGCAAUCCGUAUCAGUGGCUCGCACCGACUACCACAUCCACCCUUACCUGGAGCUUCGCCGACCACUCCUUCCUUCCCGUCUUCACCUUCACAUGCCCGUCAGGAUUCCCAGGCCAGCAGGCCAUACAUUGUACAAAGGUUGAUGGGCAUUUCGGAUACGACGUCAAGUGCCGGGACAACGCCUAUUGGAAGUCCUGCAGCCCCAGCAGCGACGGAAUUACGAGCCGGCGACAGUAGGCAUGGUGCUACGGGGAGUAUCAGCAGGAGUGUUAUACACAGCCCAUCGACAUCGAGCUUCACGCCGCGAAGUCCGUUCGGAUUUACUUUUCACAGACAACGGUAAUUGUAUGGACUAGGAAAAGAGACAGUCGAUCUCUACAGCUGUUCGCGAUGUCUUCUUACAUCUGCAUUGUGUAUUGUACUGUAAUUGUACUACUGACGACUGCUUUGCCAUCCAUCACAUAUACACAUUCCCUUUUUGCGUGCUAACUUUACAUGGAGCCCUCGUACUAGUAGGAUUGGAUAGCUGAUUCUGUGCUAGUUUUCUCGAUCUCUUAGAUACCAGCUCCUCCGCCUCUGCCCUCUGCUCUUGUUGGGUACCA